AUGGCAUUCUCGUCUCCCUCGGGCUCUCGCGGCCUGCAGCGGGCCGCCUCGACGAUGCUGACGGCCAGUAGCCGCGUCGCCACGUCUAGCGCGCCCGCACACCCGGCCAUGCUCGGCCACUCGGUCCGCCACUCGCACGUCGGCUCCGCACCACUCUACAUGCCCACCUCCACCACCCUCGAGAUCCUCCCCUUCCCGCCUCACCCGAACCCCUCGCGACCUCUGUCCACAUCGCUGCGGUACGCCAAGACGGCCGUCAUCCGCGGUCCGCAGGGCGAGACCGUGGUUCCGCUGCAGGACUGCAUCGACCUCGACCUCGAGGCGCCAAAGGCUGCCUCCGCCGACGCCGCCACCUCCACCAGCGGCGAAGAUGCCGAACCGACAAAGCUCACGCUGCGGGUCAAGGAUGCCGACGUCAAGGCGCAGCGCUCCUUCUGGGGCCUGACGCGGGCGCUCCUCGCCAACGCCAUCACGGGCGUUUCCGAGGGCCACUCUGUCGCGCUGCGCCUCGUCGGCGUCGGAUACCGUGCCUCGGUCGAGCCCGACCCGUUACCCCGCACCUCGAAGCUCCAGUCGGCCCUCUCAUCCGGCCGCACCUUCUUCCUCAACGACGCGCAGAAGGCGUGGGAGAUUGAGCGGCUACGGAGGAACGAGGAGGCGGCCGCCAAGGCCGGCCCGAGGAUGCGCCUCAACAUCCGGCUGGGCUACUCGCACCCCGUCCUGCUCGCAGUUCCUUACGGCAUCACGGCCUCGACGCCCCAGCCCAACCGCAUCCUCCUCCGCGGCGCAGACAAGGAGCAGCUCGGCCUCUUUGCCAGCCAGAUCCGGAGCUGGAGGAAGCCCGAGCCUUACAAGGGCAAGGGCGUCUUUGUCGGCGAUGAGACCAUUCGCCUGCGGACGCCAAAGAAGAAGUGA